CGUCAGCAGCUGGUUACACUUCAAUUGAGUUUUAGUUCGCUUAGAAUAAGAUUCGCAAGCUUACAAAUUUGCAACAAAUCUCCAGUUGUUGCUUAAAGUGUUAAUUAAGUGCUUAAUAAAUCAGUAAUUGUGUUGGCAACAUGGCUGAAGCUGUAAAAAAUGGUAAAAAUCGGCACUCGGGGAGCGCUGAAAAAGAAAGUGGCUCCCAACAACGACCUUUGGAUGGUGGUGGAGGAGGGGGCGGUAGUGGUGGAGGCGGUGGUGGUGGAGGGUGCGGCGCGGGAAUGCCCAAGAGGAAACAUCGGCGGGGAAAAAAAUCCAAGAUGCAGCCCAAGAAGACCAAGAACCAUUAUCCGCAAUGGAAACUCGAUAUGACAACGGGUGUUGGAGCAACGCUGGAGGGGAAUCAACGACAGAAUAGCAGAACCAAACUGGUUCGUUCGCGCUCCUUGCUCGUUCCGUACAACACGAACCGCUUCCUGAUGGAGGAGCACAUGUCGGAGCUGCACAAAGAUGACUCCGACGACAACUGUUUUGGCUCCCAGACCGAGGACCAGGUGCUCUUCCUUUCCAAGGAGUUCUCCGAUGUCUACGAGAGAGCGCGGCUCGAACGUCUGGAGACGAUGAGCAAGCAGGAGCUCAUCCAGGAGUGCAUGCAAAUCGAAGAUCGGUAUUCGAAGGCCCAGAACAUAUCCAAGGAGUUUGGAGCCAAAUUACGAGCGCAGGACGAUAAGAUUCGCCAGCUGACCAGGGAGAAUCAAUUUCUGCACUCCCACUUUUUGCGCUCUUGUUCCGCGACAGCUGGACCAGCGGCUGCAGCAGCGGCCGCAGCUUCCCCGCCCUCAGCGGUGGCGCCCACGCCCAGCUCAGCUUGCGAGCUGCAGGCUAGGCAACAGCCGCCCCAGCAGCCACAACCCACACCCAUGGACUCCACCAGCGAGGACAGCGAGAGCGACAGCAGCAGCACCACGUCGAGCACCACGUCCAGUACUUCCUCGAGCAGCAGCGAUGGUCACGAAAUGGGCGUGGCCGGCCUGAACAUAGCCAAUGGGCAUGCCGAGCGGCACGAGAGGAGCCGCACCCGCUCCAGGUCUAGAUCACCGAUCCUGAAUGGUCAUGCCAACGAGGAGGAGCGUCAGCGCCUGCUAGACGGAAAUCAAAUGGACGAGGACGACAACUCCAGCGAUGUGCCCAGGCCAGGCGAUGCAGUUGUCAAAUAGAACGGAGUAUGUCACUCCGCCGUGUGUAAAUAAAAGACUCAAUUGUGGUAGAAUGUGGCGACAAAUGGACAUAAUCCUUGUUUAGUAUUUAAGUCAUCUGUGGACGCCUCAAUCGUGAGGAGUUCGUAUCAAUCAUCAGUUAGCUUAUCAAAAAGCAUCAUCAUCAGAAAGCAUUAGCAUUACUUUAUUAUCUGCAAACGACGCCUCCCAAUUGUAUUUUUGUUGGUCUGUAUGGUGUAUAGUUUGGCGGUGUUGCCUCGAAGUGUUGAUUUUAAUGGAACUUUGUAUAAUGAAAAAUCGAUUUGUAGGUAAAUAAAGAGUUAAAAAGUGAA